AUGUCGCCCACACCCUGGUGGAAAAACGCCACCAUCUACCAAAUCUACCCGGCCAGCUUCCAGGACUCCAACGGUGAUGGCAUCGGCGACCUCCCCGGCAUCCUCAGCCAGCUGGACUAUAUCCAGUCGCUGGGGGUGGACGCCAUCUGGGUGUGUCCGAUGUACGACAGCCCGCAGUACGACAUGGGCUACGACAUCCGCGACUACGAGGCCGUGUACGCGCCCUACGGCACGGUGGCGGACGUCGAGGCCCUGAUCGCGGGGUGCCACGCGCGGGGGCUCCGCAUCCUGCUGGAUCUCGUCAUCAAUCACACCUCGCACGAGCACGCCUGGUUUCAGGCCUCACGCUCCUCGCGCACCGACCCCAAACGCGACUGGUACAUCUGGCGGCCGCCGCGCUACGACCCGGCCAACGGCGCCCGCAGCCCCCCGAACAACUGGCGCAGCUUCUUCGGCGGCAGCGCGUGGACCUUCGACCCCACCACCGAGGAAUACUACCUGCACCUGUUCGCGGAGCAACAGCCCGACCUCAACUGGGAGAACGCGGCCACGCGGCAGGCGCUGUACACGUCGGCCAUGGAAUUCUGGCUGCAGAGGGGCAUCGACGGGUUCCGGGUGGACACGGUGAACAUGUACAGCAAGCCGGCGGACUUCCCGGACGCGCCGGUGCGCGACCCGGCCAAUCGCUAUCAGCCGGCGGCGGACCUCUUCUGCAACGGGCCGCGCAUGCCCGAGUUCCUGGCGGAGAUGACGGCCAUCCUGCGGAGACACAGACCGGCCGGCGACGCCAUCACCGUCGGCGAGCUGCCCAACACCCCGCACCUCCCGGACGUCCUGCAGUACGUCGGCGCGGCCGCGCACCAGCUCAGCAUGGUGUUCCAGUUCGACGUGGUGGACAGCAACAUGGGCACGGACCAGCGGUUCGACACGGUGCCGCGCACGUGGACGCUGAGCGACCUGCGCGCGCGCGUGGGCGCCACGCAGAGGCUCAUGGACGGCAGCUCGGACGGGUGGAGCACCGCCUUCCUCGAGAACCACGACCAGGCGCGCAGCGUCUCGCGGUGGGGGGAUGCGGAUCGAUACUGGGCGGAAAGCGCCAAGAUGCUCGCCAUGCUGGUCGCCAGCCUCUCCGGGACCCUGUUCCUGUACCAGGGCCAGGAGAUCGGCAUGGUCAACGCCCCGCCCGCCUGGGACGUGGCCGAGUACAAGGACGUCGACAGCCUCAACUACUACCGCUACGUGCGGGAGACCGCGGGCGAGGGUGAUGAUGACGAUCCCGGCGCCCUCCGCAGGGCCCGCGCGGCCCUGGAUUACCUGGCCCGAGACCAUGCGCGCCUGCCCAUACAGUGGAAUGCGUUGCCGCACGCCGGGUUCACGGACCCCCGCGCCACGCCGUGGAUGCGCGUGCAUGACAACUAUCCCACGGUGAAUGUGAAGCGCCAGGCGUUGGAGGACGGGUCGGUGCUGAAUUUCUGGCGGGCGUUGGUGCGCGUCCGGAAGCAGCAUCCAGAGGUGUUUGCGCGGGGCGUGUUUCGGGAUACAGACCCGCAGAAUGAGGCGGUGUUCGUCUUUGAGAAGAUGGGCCGGAGCCAAAAGUUGGUGGUGGCAUUGAAUUUCACCGGGGAGGUGCAGUCGGUGGCGUUGGAGGGUCAGUUUCAUGGGAAAGCGAGGAAGACGCUAGUCAAGAACUAUAAGGAGGAGAGGGAGGAUGUUUUGCAGCCGUAUGAGGGCAGGAUUUAUUUAGUGGAGGUUUAG